AUGAAGCGCAGUCAUUAUGCUUGCGACCAAUGCCGAAGGUCGAAGCGAGGAUGCGAUGCACCACCCCUUCUCGGCCCUGCCUCUUCAGCAGGUAAUAACAGAGUAAACGGCGACGACUCUGUCUCAUCUCCGGCUUCAGCUUCUGAAAGUGACCACAAGUCUUGCUCCUAUUGCGCAAAGACAAACAAGACAUGCACUAUGAACUGGGCUUGGUCGCAAAUACAAGCUGCAUCUAUCUUGAGUGCCGUCGCUGCCGCUCCUCCUCCGCCCCCGCCUCCCCGACAAGCGUCAGGUUCCUUUGGCGAGAGUGCAGAUGCCCGAGUGAAGCGGGAGAGGCUAGGAUCAGCGCAAUCUUUUGAUGACAAGAGCGUAUUGUCAAUGCCAAGGCAAGCGAACACUGCAGCACCCUAUGUCUUCCAACAAUCAAAUGCGCCGGGCUCAAGGCCUGGGUUCUCUGGUCUUCAUACAGUGGCACAUCCUUCCGUAAUGGCCGGUCCUUCUACAUCAACAUCGACUGUGGUUCAAGCAAACUACAGCACAGGCUAUGCGCAUCCUACCCACCAUCAAGGUCGCUCAGCGAAUCACUUGCCAUUAUCUACGUACACCAUGCAAGGAUCGCGAAUGCCCAAUCAGUAUAACAACGCCUUGGCUGGUUCACAGUUAGGACUAACAAAUUCGCAAUCUCCUGCCGACGAUGCUUGGAGUAGAGAUGAUGCGACAAGAAUAAAGCGACGUCGCACAUCAUCAACAUGGGCUGGUCGACGAACACAUUCAUUAUCGCCAUUCUCAGUCGACCAAACAAUGAUGACAAAUUCUAACAACCAAUUCAUUUCCACAAAUCUCCUACAAAUAUAUCAUGAUGUACUCGAGCACAAUCUAUCUUGUUGGCUGACCGAAGUAACAUGCCCUUACAGAGCGCCUGGUUAUAUUACAGGAGGCAAUUAUGCUCCUACUGAAUGGGGGUCUUCGUGGUCAAAUCGCAUCUACCGUCGCACUAUCAAUCUUGACCAUGCCAUUUCAACAUCCAAACUUACUCGACUAACUAAUUCCGAAAACCAGGCUUCUGCCAAAGCGCUUCAGCUCGCAAUUAUGGCCUUUGCUACGCAGUGGGCCCAAGGCAGUCGUCGUCAACGGCAAAGUUUUCCGGUCGAUGAUGAGACACCAGAGGAUAUACUUGACGACAUCACCGAGGAGUUUGACCGCAACAUUCAGCGUAAUAUCUGGGAGCAGGCCAAAAGAGCUCUGCAAGACGUCGCAGAUAUUGAGUCGUAUCGAGUGGCUACGGCGGAAUUAAUAUUUGGCUUAACACAAAAGCCGUGGACUCAUGAUGACGAAUCUGACCGCACGACUAGAAACCAUAAUCCGCUGUCAACUCCACGGUCCGAGGUUGACAUGAAGUCAUUAAAUGCAGAACUUGGCGAUAUCAUCUCUCGAGACGGCUUGCCAGUCUUUAUGGAAAGAGCCGCACGCAAGAUGCACGCUCUCAAGUUCCGGUUUGAUUCAGGACGGCGUGGUGUCACUGGGCCUCUUACAAGCCCCAAAAACAGUGACGCUUUAUCCAUGAUGAAUCCAGAGGACCGUGGCACUGUUGGGUUGCUGUACUGGCUUGCUGUUAUGCUGGAUACAGUUUCUUCAUCGAUGAGCGAGCGCCCAGUUGUUGUCGCCGAUGCAGACAGUCAACAUGACGAUGCAGAUGAUGAUCUCGACGCGACAACAAAUGGACGAUGGAAUGUGCCACUAUUCAUCCAGGACAGCCUGGAGCAACCGCACAUGUACCAUGCUGUACAUUGGCCUUGCUCUUAUGAAUCAGCUGCUGAAGCCGUCACGAAGUCGGCGCCUGUCAAGGUCCUUCUUUUCCGGCACAUCUCGUACCUUCAAAAUAUUCUGCGGAGAGGUGGUCGUGGGAAGAAGGUUGAAGAAACCAUCACAAACACCACCUCAUUGUAUCGGUACUGGAACAUGACACACGGCGCAUUCUUCAAAGAGCUUCUCCGCGACUACGAAUCAGUCCCAGGCCGUCUCCAAAGCUGGUUCGUCUGCAUCUCAGCACAUUGGAACCUUGGCGCCCUCAUGCUUGCAGACCUCAUCGAAUAUGUAGACGAAAACGAGAUAGGUGAGGCAGAUGUGUCUCAUGCCCGUCUAUCCAGCAAGAUGGUCACAAGAAUGCGUGAAUCAAGCGCCAAAGAGCUGUCUGAAUUGGCCAGGGUGUCAACGCCCAGCCAAAAUCUAACCAGUUUAGCAACACCCCAAAUGUCGCAUUUCCAUCAUGCAGUAAACGAGGCAACAAUCCUUACAGAGCCAUGGACUAUACUUCUCAUCAGAGCAUUUGUCAAGGCAACUAUGGUCUUCUUACAAGAAGCCAAGGACCAUUUGGAGUACGGCCCGACAGCAUCAACAAACCCCAGCAGUGACUUUCAAGAGAGCAUGCAUCGAGCGCAAGAUUGUAUAAAGGGAUUGUGGAUCCUAGGUAAGAAGUCCGAUAUGGCGAGGAAAUCGGCAGACACCCUGGCGGCAGCCAUGAGGAAACUGAGAUUGUGA